AUGGAGCAAGAAAUCCAGAAGACGAGCAACGGUGAAACAAAACCAGCUGAUGAUCAAGACUACAAGCGGGUACAUGAUUCAUCCAUAGAUCAUAAAGGAAACGUCCCAUUACGAAGUUCAACGGGUGCAUGGAAAGCUUCCAUCUUCAUCAUUUCGAUUGAGUUCAGUGAAAGACUGGCAUACUUCGCAAUAGCAAUGAACCUUGUCAUCUACCUAACAGAGGUGCUACAUCAGGAUCUCAAAACUGCAGUAAAGAAUGUCAACUAUUGGACGGGAGCCACAACAUUGAUGCCUUUAUUCGGAGCGUUUCUGGCAGAUGCAUAUCUUGGCCGAUUCUUUAUGAUCCUGCUUUCUUCCAUCAUUUAUCUCUUGGGUUUGAGCCUCCUAACAAUGUCUGAACUCAUCCCCAGCAUAAAGCCAUGCAAUAUUGACAACUGUGGCCAUCCCAGAAAAGUUCAUGAAAUGGCCUUCUUCAUCGCACUAUACUCUCUCUCCUUAGGAACCGGAGGAUUCAAGCCUAGUUUAGAAAGCUUUGGAGCGGAUCAGUUUGAUGAUAAUCACUUAGAGGAAAGAAAGCAGAAAAUGUCAUUUUUUAACUGGUGGAAUUUUGUACUUUGUUCUGGGGUCUUGCUAAGUUUGACAGUCAUUGUUUAUGUGCAAGAUCAUGUUGGCUGGGGUGUCGCAAGUCUAGUUUUGACUCUUGGUAUGGCCAUAGGCUUCAUAGUUUUCUAUCUCGGCAAGCCAUUUUAUCGAUAUCGGGUGCCAGAGGGCAGCCCGUUGAUGCCAAUGUAUCAGGUUCUGGUCGCAGCAAUAAUCAAGAGAAAUCUACCGCAUCCUUCAAACCCUGAUUUAUUAUAUGAAGUUCCGAGAUCUGAACACAUUAAAGGAAGGUUACUAUGUCACACGAGUAGUCUCAGAUUUCUUGACAAAGCUGCAAUAUUUGAAGAUAAUGACAUGCAGUUGCAACAGAGGAAGCAUAAUCCAUGGAGAUUAGUUACAGUUACUAUGGUUGAGGAGACCAAGCUUAUAAUGAAUAUGUUUCCAAUAUGGUUCACUUCCUUAAUAUUCGGCGUUUGUAAUUCUCCGGCUGUAACACUAUUCGUUAAGCAAAGCAGCGCAAUGGACAGAAAAAUAGGCAGCAAAUUUGAAAUUCCACCUGCUACUGUGGGAUUUCUUGGUGCACUGACCAUGUUACUCACAAUUACAUCCUACGAGAAGAUCCUAGUUCCGGUUGUAAGAAGAGCCAGAGGCAACGAGCGUGGCAUAAAAAUCCUUCAGAGAAUAGGCGUAGGGAUGGUCUUUCCAGUCUUAGGAAUGGCAAUUGCAGCAUUAGUAGAAAGGAGGAGGCUAAGAAUGGCCGAAACAGAAGCUGUACUCCAAGGAAAAGCAGGGGAGUCAGCCCCCAUGAGUGUAUUUUGGCUGGCUCCUCAGAUCAUGAUUUUGGCCAGUGGAGACGCCUUCUCUCUUGUUGGUUUGCAGGAGUACUUUUAUGAACAAGUUCCAGACUCAAUGAGGAGUUUAGGUCUGGCAUUCUUUUUGAGUGCGAUGGGAGUAUCACAAUUCAUCAGCAGCUUCCUGAUAACUAUUGUAGCGCACGUGACACAGAAGUCUGGGGUUAGUUGGCUCAGCAAGGACUUGAAUGGCAGUCGUUUGGAUAAGUUUUACUGGCUAUUAACAGCCAUGGCUGGUCUAAAUCUAUGUCUCUAUUUCUUCUUUGCUAGGAGGCAUUCCUACAAAAUCAUAAAAGGAAAUGUGACUGUUGCAGAUUGUCAGGGGGGUGAUGGAACAGUUUCAGUUGCAUAG